AAGUGCCAAAGCCUGGGAGGCUUAAGUAGCAGGGCUCUGCAAGGCUGCGGAAUUUUUACACAACGCCUCAUCACCCAGGCUGAAAACAUGUUACUUGUCUGUGGCAGCAGUAACCAGGCUUUGGUGGCCUCAAGCCUCGCCUCGACUGCCUCAGACAAGGUGACAGGGCGAAUGUCGAAAUUAGAAGAGGAAAGAGCUCCAACAGGCAUUGUCAAUGCGUCUGGUGACCGGGAAUGGAGCGGGGAUGUUAUGGAGAUUUGGUGCGCCAAUCAGGUAUUUACACCAAUUGCUCAAAUGCCGAAACAAGUGAAGACACUAACCGUGAUCCAAGCCCCUUCAGGCGGACCGAAUGGGCUUAAGUCGCCCAAAAGCCCCCUGUCGCCAUGGCCAGAUCAGGCUGUUCAGACUACUCCCGUUUUAAUGAUCACUCUCAAUGGCAGCCCAGGUAGCGUACACUUGAUGGAUCUGGAAACUAGAAUCCCGCUUACGUCUGCUGUCAUUAAUGAUGCCGUGAAGCAGGCGAUUUGGUCAUGGAAACAUGAACUAAUUAUUAUUCUUCAAAUGGUGAGUUCAGAAGCCGAUCUGCCAUUCGGCGCCUGCGGAGACCAAUUGUCUCGAUCUACAGGUCAUUACAAUGGAUUAUUCACAAUAAGCGGUUUUACAUGCUGGGGUCGAGAAGUUAGCCAGUUCAGCUCUACUGUUGUCCAAAUUUGGUGA